AUGGGUAGUUUUGGCUAUGCAAACUCCAUUGAAGGAGACGUUUACAUCCAGCGGCUAGCGAGUUACAUCAAGAGAAAUGAAGAAGCUUUGGCCAAUGGAUUAUUAUGCUUUAGCAAGAACAAAGCAACCGUUAACAAAGUCAAGCCUAUCAGAUUGACAUUCACUAUACACCAUUUGUACUAUUUGACCGAACGCAUAGAUCAAUCUACCUUGGGUGUUGAUGUUGGUCCUUUGAAUGUCAAAUUGGAUAAUCCAAAUCAUGAGCCUACAUUCGUUUCAUUUAUGGCGAACAAUGCAAGAUCAUCGCGGCAUUUUGAUAGUGAUGCAAGAUCAAUCACUUCUAUGAAUUCUAUGAAGUCCAUAGUGUCAAGUGCUUCAGUAUAUUGGAGAUCAUUUUCGUUAAGUAAUGAUCCAAAGGUUAUCAAAAAGGAUAUCAAGUAUUUGUACUCUUCCUUCACCAAAAUACCAUGUUUAAUACUCACACCAAAAACCAAAAUCAACAGCAUUAGCUCGUACGAAGAAUACCCAUGUGAUACGUCCGUUCCCAUCAAGAUGUUUAAAAACUUGCAGGUUUUGGAAAUGAUUGAAUAUGAGCCCAAUGAAAUAUUUGGCUGGAAUUUUUUGAGUGACCAAUUGAGAAUCUUGAUUAUCAGGAAAAGCAAGAUCACUGAUAUGGCAGAAGUGUUGUUUCACUUAGUCCAAGAUGAUGCGAAUGGGAGAUCAAGUUUCAAUACCACAAAACAAAAAUCGAUUCAACUCGAUCCACCAUUUGACUUGAGGACAUCCAUUGACGAGCUAAAUACGGUGUUCAAGUACAAAAGAGAACGCGGGCAAACAAAUGCAUCCAAUGGAGCUGGCUCUAUUGGUGGUGCAGAAUAUGGUUGUUCGGGGAGUUUUAACGAGCGAAAAUGGCUGGUUUUGAAACAGUUGACAAUUCUGGAAACUUCUAUUGCAUAUAUACCCCGGCAAACAUUGAAACCGUUGGUUAAUCUAGUUAAAUUGAAUUUGUCAAAUAAUCUUUUGGAAGAAUUGCCCGAUGGGUUGGACGAACUAGACAAUAUCAAGUACUUGAACCUUGCAGAUAACUUUAUCACCAACUUGAAAAACCUACCGUCCAAUCUUGCACAUUUACUCACAUUAAAUCUUAACAACAAUAAAUUGGCCACAUUGGAUGGAUUGGAUAAUUUGGUCUCGUUGGAGAAAAUUGACUUAAGAAGAAACAAACUUGCAGAGGUGAAAGCUUUGAAAUCUUUGGUUCAAUUGGUUGAUUCCACCAAGUUAGACAAUGUAUAUCUAUCACACAACCCUUUGCCCAAAAACCAUAGGGUUGACCUAUUCAACCUCUUCAAUGGUGUAAAAUACAAGAAUGCAGUCAAGAUUGAUGAUUCAAGGCCCGGAUAUUUUGAAAAGGCAAUGUUGUUGGACCAAGAAAAUGCGGCAAAAAAUUUGGCACAAUUCAUGAGACUCCAUAGCUCUAUCUAUCAACACCAACGCCAAAACUCUACCCAAUUACCAGAAUCCAUGUUAUCGGCCAAGACCGUCGCCACAACUGAGACAACUGAGACAGACACUACGGCUACAAAUGUUGAAAAAGUAUCUGGCAAUGCAGCUCCGACUAGCCCUGUGUCAAAAGAGGAUGAGAUUGUUCAUACAAUUCGAAACCUUCAUUUAGAUACUUCCCACAAGCAGCGCAGCCCACAGCAACCAGUUGGCUCUGGUCCAGCAAAGGUUAAAAGAUACGAUUUGUCUCAUACUAUUUUGUCAACUUCGAUAUCACUACUUUCACAACCGAGCUCCCCAUUGCAUACAAACUCAAACGUAAUGAACAAGAUUGACUCUCCAAACCUGAUGAAAAUGACGCAUUUGAACUCUUCUAGCUCUUCUAUACCGUCAACUCAAUCAAUGAAGAGAUCGAAUACGUUGGUGGAUAUUGAAAAUCAUAAUCCUGCACCAAGUAUCGUCACACCGGUGCAGGUCACCGCUCGGAUGAGCACCUAA